CAAACGUAUCAUUCUACACGUUGUGGUUUAAUUGUAUUUAGGCCAAGCGGAGUUUCUGGACCAGGGUUGUGUCACAUGACAAGGAACACUGUCUAGGCCACCAGUCUAUCCGCUCUGACACGUCCAAUUAUUAUGCCUACUACCCAGUCUCCCCAGGAUGAGCAGGAGAAGCUUCUGGAUGAGGCUGUGCAGGCAGUCAAAGUCCAAUCCUUUCAGAUGAAACGAUGCCUGGACAAGAACAAGCUAAUGGAUGCUCUAAAGCAUGCUUCUAACAUGCUUGGAGAAUUGAGGACCUCUAUGCUGUCCCCCAAGAGUUACUAUGAGCUCUACAUGGCCAUCUCUGAUGAGCUGCACUACUUGGAGGUCUAUUUGACCGACGAGUUUGCCAAGGGUCGCAAGGUUUCUGACCUUUAUGAACUUGUCCAAUAUGCUGGCAACAUCAUUCCUAGGCUCUACCUCCUGAUUACCGUAGGGGUGGUGUAUGUGCGCUCAUUUCCUCAGUCCCGAAAGGACAUCUUGAAGGACCUGGUGGAGAUGUGUCGAGGUGUCCAGCAUCCUCUUCGGGGGCUGUUCCUCAGGAACUACCUACUGCAGUGCACUCGCAACAUCCUCCCAGAUGAUGGAGAGCCGCCUGAAGGGACUGAAGAGAUGACUGGCGACAUUAACGACUCCAUCGACUUUGUCCUGCUUAAUUUUGCCGAGAUGAACAAGCUUUGGGUGCGUAUGCAGCACCAGGGCCACAGCCGUGAUCGCGAGAAGAGGGAAAAGGAGAGGCAAGAGCUUCGGAUCCUGGUUGGAACAAAUCUUGUUCGCCUCAGCCAGCUGGAAGGAGUCAAUGUGGACAAGUACAAACAGGUUGUGUUACCAGGUGUGCUGGAGCAGGUGGUAAACUGUAGAGAUUCACUUGCCCAGGAGUAUCUCAUGGAGUGCAUCAUUCAGGUGUUCCCAGAUGAAUUCCAUCUUCAGACACUCAACCCGUUUCUUCGCUCGUGUGCUGAAUUACACCAGCACGUCAAUGUCAAAAACAUUAUCAUUGCGCUUAUUGACAGAUUAGCACUCUUCGCACACAGAGAAGAUGGCCCCGGUAUCCCGGCUGAAAUCAAACUGUUUGACAUCUUCUCCCAACAAGUGGCCACCGUCAUUCAGUCUCGCCAGGAUAUGCCAUCGGAGGACGUAGUGUCUCUCCAGGUGUCCCUUAUAAACCUGGCCAUGAAGUGCUACCCCGAUCGUGUGGACUAUGUGGACAAAGUCCUAGAGAGCACCGUUGAGAUCUUUAACAAGCUCAAUUUGGAACACAUCGCAACCAGUAGUGCCGUGUCCAAGGAGCUGACCAGGCUGCUCAAGAUACCAGUGGAUACCUACAACAACAUCCUUACGGUUCUGAAGCUCAAGUAUUUCCCACCUCUCUUUGAGUACUUUGACUUUGAGUCACGCAAAACCAUGAGCUGCUACGUCCUGACCAACACCUUGGACUACAACACUACCAUCGUAGCGCAGGAGCAGGUGGACGCCAUCCUUAGUCUCGUGUCCACACUGAUUCAAGACCAGCCAGACCAGCCUGCCGAGGACCCGGACGCAGAGGACUUUGCUGAGGAGCAGAGUCUGGUCGGCCGUUUCAUUCACCUGCUGCAUUCAGACGACCCCGACCAGCAGUACCUGAUAUUGAAUACAGCCAGGAAGCAUUUUGGCGCAGGCGGAAACCAAAGGAUUCGAUACACUCUCCCUCCGCUGGUGUUUGCUGCCUACCAGCUGGCCUUCAGAUACAAAGAGAAUUCUUCUUGGGAUGACAAGUGGGAGAAGAAGUGUCAGAAGAUCUUCUCCUUCGCCCACCAGACCAUUAGUGCUCUCAUCAAGGCAGAGCUUGCGGAGCUUCCCCUCCGGCUUUUCCUCCAGGGGGCGCUAGCAGCAGGAGAGAUCGCCUUUGAGAACCACGAAACUGUAGCCUACGAAUUUAUGUCGCAGGCCUUCUCUCUGUACGAGGAUGAGAUCAGCGACUCAAAGGCCCAGCUCGCAGCCAUCAUGCUCAUCAUCGGAACCUUUGAGCACACCCGCUGCUUCAGUGAGGAGAAUCAUGAGCCUCUGAGGACCCAGUGUGCACUGGCUGCCUCUAAGCUGCUAAAGAAACCCGACCAGUGCCGGGCAGUCAGUGUCUGCGCCCAUCUCUUCUGGUCUGGCCGGAGCACAGAAAAGAACGGAGAAGAGAUCCGUGAUGGGAAGCGAGUGAUGGAGUGUCUGAAGAAAGCCCUAAAAAUUGCAAACCAGUGCAUGGACCCGUCACUGCAGGUCCAGCUGUUCAUUGAAAUCCUUAACAGAUACAUCUGCUUCUAUGAGCGGGAGAAUGAUGCGGUCACGGUUCAGGUAUUGAACCAGCUGAUCCAGAAGAUCCGAGAAGACUUGCCUGGUCUGGAAACAAGUGAGGAGACUGAGCAGAUCAAUAAGCACUUCCACAACACCCUGGAGCAUCUUCGCUUACAGAAAGAAUCUCCUCAGUCUGAGGGCCCUGCCUAUGAGGGCCUGGUCCUCUAAAGGCAUUGGGUGGAGGUAUCAUGAUAAGAUAAACAAAUAUAUUACGAAACAAUCUUUUAAUGAUGACCAGGUUAGGUUAAUGGUAUAUACCAGGUUAGUCAUCCAAAAUGUCAGGGGUAUCUUAACAGAAAAACAUAGAGUUUGAUGCUGCAGCACCAUAUAUAAAACCAGGCAGGGGAUGGUGACCCCACAGAGUCCGGCAACUGUCCUUCUGCCGUGUCAAAACACUGUUACUCUGCAUUUACAUUUUUAUGACCUUAUAUAUAUUUUUUCUUUGCAGUGUACUCUUGUUUUAUGACCACUUUUUCAAAAAUGAUUUGGAAUAAUCUCCAUUGCAUUAUGGUGAACAAUAAUGACUCAGCCUGGCAUGCACACUUUAUUAGCUCCCAUCCCACUUUGUUGACUGAUGUGAUUUAUCUGCCAUAUAAAAGAAAUGUAAUGUUUGUUCUUGUCGGUGUGCAUAAUGGAUUCCAGCAAUUCACGUGAACAUAAUAAGAAAACAUUAUCUGCCAAAUAAUGAAUAUGAAAAGUCAAGCUUUUGUCAGCUUCUUUAAUUGAUUCUGUAACUAACUUAUAUCUUCAGGAAUGUAAUUUGUCAGAAAUUAAACCAUGUUUGUACGACAAAGCUCCUAUGUAUUUCCCCCCGUGAAAAAUAAAACAAGCUAGGUCACGGCUGAGACACUUGGCUUCCUGACCUGAGGUUAUCAAUAUGAGUUUGUAUUACAUAGUCCGGUGACACUAUCCCUAAAAAGCACACACAGCCUAACUCUUCAGAAACUAUUCUCAGUAGAAUGGGCACUGCUAAUCUUCGACAAAUGUAUCAGAAAAUAUGCCAAAUAGCCCAUUAUUUGAGCUGUGUCUGUCGUUUUUUUGCAACUUUCACAUUCCACAAACCUUAACUUAAAUUAGUGUUUGUUUUUUGUGGUCUAUUUGGUUUCAUCAGAGAGCUUAUGCUUCAUCAUUAUCACAUAAACACCUGAAUCCCAUCUCAAAUGUUUAUUGUAUGUAUAACCUACUUGUAAAUCAUAAAUAAGUCAAUAACAUUUGAACAAAUAAACAAAUUCUAACCCUUCA